AUGGCCAAAGAUAAUGAAAUGGUAGAGACACACAAAAUCAUCUGCAAGCCAUUUAGAGAAACGGGAUACUGCGGAUAUGGAGAUUCCUGCAAAUAUUUGCAUGAAAGAUCAAUAGGAUUUUCAGAGAUGGGGAUGAUUUCAGAUGAUGAUCUUUUGUGCGGAAUAUGCAAGAAGACAUUUGAGGAAAGAGUCCUCACAGAAUGCGGGCAUAGCUUUUGCUCUUUGUGUGCAAUAAAGAAGUAUCAGGAUGGGGAUGAAUGUAAUGUGUGUGGGAAAGCAGUGUAUGGAAGAUUCUGGAUGGCAUGA